AUGUGCACUUCAAAUCGGGCGGGGGUGUUAUUACAUUUGGUGGUUUCUGGCUGGCUGCCACAUAGUGUUGCCGGCAAAAAAAUUCGUCUAGCCAUAGAAAUAAAAGGAUCACGGUCUGAGGAGUAUCAAAAUGUCAAGAGGCAACCUUUGCAGAUUGCUGUUUCAAUAUGGCCGGCGGGCCGUGAAAUCAUACGGCCCGGGCCUCCUUUGAAACGAACGUCAACGACAAAAUGCACAGGGAGCUCUCCACAUCGCGAGAGACGUCGACGGGACGAGGAUGGGCCGACAGCGACAGGUUUCAGCGCUGCAUUACACCGGGCGCCACCACCGCCGCCACCAGCGCUACUACGACGGCUAGGUGUGAAAGAGACCACAGGAGUGGGCAAGGUUAUAGGGCAGUAUGACGUGGUCGUUAAGCAAGACAGGGCACAAAUACAAGAAACUAGACGUUUAUGA